AUUAUUGUUGAUGAUGAUGAUAGUAAGGUGUGGUCAUUGUAUGAUGCUGGCCCAAAGAGCAUCAGGUGUCCUAUCAUCUUCCUCCCUCCAGUCAGUGGGACAGCUGAGGUGUUUUUCCAGCAGGUGUUGGCUCUGACAGGCUGGGGCUACAGAGUCAUUUCGCUGCAGUAUCCGGUGUACUGGGAUCUAAUGGAGUUCUGUGACGGCUUCAGGAAACUUCUCGAUCACCUGCAGUUGGAUAAAGUCCAUCUGUUCGGGGCAUCUCUUGGGGGAUUCCUGGCUCAGAAGUUUGCAGAGUGCACACACAAGUCUCCCAGAGUGCACUCAUUGAUACUGUGUAAUUCAUUCAGUGAUACCUCCAUCUUUAAUCAGACAUGGACAGCAAACAGUUUCUGGUUGAUGCCAGCUUUCAUGUUGAAGAAGAUUGUUCUGGGGAACUUUGCUAAAGGACCUGUGGACUCUAAAAUGGCAGAUGCAAUUGACUUCAUGGUUGACAGGUUGGAGAGUCUGAACCAAAGUGAGUUAGCAUCGCGGCUAACACUCAAUUGUCAGAACUCUUAUGUGGAGCCGCACAAAAUAAAAGAUGUUGCUGUGACCAUUAUAGAUGUGUUUGAUCAGAGUGCUCUGUCACUGGAGGCGAAGGAGGAGAUGUAUAAACUGUAUCCUAAUGCGAGACGAGCUCAUCUGAAAACAGGAGGAAACUUCCCGUACCUGUGCAGGAGCGCUGAAGUCAACCUCUACAUACAGAUUCACUUACGUCAGUUCCACGGGACAAGAUACGCUGCCAUCAGUCCUGCCAUGGUGAGUGCUGAGGAGCUGGAGGUGCAGGAGAGUCACCUGAGCAGUAACCAGGACUCUGAUGAUGACCAGUGAGACGACGUUUACCUGCAGGCUGUCUCCUCUAAACAUUUCCAACAGUUUCUAUUACUCUUCUCCUGAAUGCAUCAUUUCACAGGACAUUCUUCAGAUUUUCUAUGGAGCUCAACAGCCAAUCAGCGAGUCGACGGAGAAUAUUUUUAUUUUACAGAUGAAGCAAUAUUUUGAUAAUGAUCUGUACAUAAAUAGUGCUGGGCCGCUUUGCUUUAAAAACAUAUGACACCUUGCCUUAUGUGGAUUUAAUCUCAUAAUUGUUGCACUCAUAUGCCUGAACUGUUUGCCUCAAGUGUUAAUUUAGGUGUGUGAUAUAUAACAGAAAGAUAAACAUAUAUCUUAAGGUGUUUGUGUAAUUCAGUGAAAUGAAGUAACAUUUUUUUCCAUUUGUUUUGAUAUACAGGAAAUUGACAUGCUGUGUUAAGUUUGUAAUAACCUUCAAACUCUAGCAGUGUCUCAGCACAUGGAGUCCAUCUAUUGAACUGCCAAAGCUUCAGCCUCUGAAACACAAGUUAGGUUUUUGCAAACUGAAAUUCCAGAGUCACUGUAUGUUUUGUACUGUCAAGCUUCAGAAAAGAACAUCCUUUUAAAAACAGUCACUGCCUUUAAAGUACAAAUGUUUCUUCAUAUAUAAACUGCUGUGGGGCCAUUGGUCAAAAUGCUCUUGCAGCUUUAAGUCA